AUGGCGACCACUUUCAGCGCUUCUGUCUCCAUGCAAGCCACUUCUAUGGCAACACCAACGAGGAUUAGUUUCCAGAAGCCUGCUUUGGUAAGGACUAAUCUCUCCUUCAACCUACGCCGUUCAAUCCCCACUCGCCUCUCAGUUUCUUGCGCGGCCAAACCAGAGACAGUAGAGAAAGUGUCUAAGAUUGUCAAGAAGCAACUCUCACUCAAAGACGAUCAAAAGGUCGUUGCGGAAACCAAGUUUGCUGAUCUUGGUGCUGAUUCUCUCGACACGGUUGAGAUAGUGAUGGGUUUAGAAGAAGAGUUUGAUAUCGAAAUGGCUGAAGAGAAAGCACAGAAGAUUACCACUGUGGAGGAAGCUGCUGAACUCAUUGAAGAGCUCGUGCAAUCGAAGAAGUAA